AGUGGUUGUUGGUUGGGCCAUGAAGUUGAAGUUGGCUAUUUUAUUUUGUUUUCUAGACUUAUUAGUUGGAGUUGGGGUUAUUUAUUAUGUUCCAUUUACGGAGAUAGACUUCCAAACAUACCUUCAACAGGUUUAUCAAGUAUUUUUUGAGGGAAAGCGUGACUAUAGUCAAAUCCGAGGAGACACUGGUCCUUUAGUAUAUCCUGCGGGAUUCCUUUUCAUAUAUCGCCUCUUUUAUGCAAUAAGCAACGGAGGCUCUAAUUUGUUUCCUGUGCAAGUUUGUUUUGCGUUUAUCCACUCUGCAACGCUAUGUACUGUUUGCUCAAUAUUUAUUUAUUGUAAGUUGGACACCAAAGAGUUCUUAUUUUGCUGUAUGCCAUUGCUGUUUUCUCGACGCGUAAUGUCUAUUCAUGUUCUGAGGUUGUUCAACGAUGCUUUUGUUACAUUCCUUAGUUAUCUAUCCGUUCUCCUCUUCGUUUCUCGGCAUCAUUUUGUGGCUUGCAUAGUCUACAGCCUUGCAGUAUCAGUGAAAAUGAGCGCCUUACUUUAUGCUCCUGCUGUCUUGAUUGUGUUGUUAGAAUCGUUUUGUUGGAAGCAGACCUUUUUAUAUGUAGUACUUUGUGGUGCCGUGCAGUUUCUUGUCGGUUUACGAUUUUUAUGGCAUCACCCAAUAUCUUAUAUUUCAAAAGCCUUUGAGUUUCAUAGAGUAUUUCUGUACGAAUGGACGGUCAAUUGGAAGUUUUUACCGGAACACAUGUUCCAACAUCCUUUGUGGUCUCUUGUUCUACUAUCGAGCCACAUUUUGGUGCUUUACAUUUGGUACAAACGUGUAGUGAGAAAUUUGUUUACAACGCUUCAAAAAAUGUGUCAAGAAAAGUGUUUUGUCAAACAGAGAAAUGUCAUACUUGGUCGUGGUAUUGUAACAGUAUUGUUUCAGUGUCAAUUGAUCGGCAUUGUAUUUGCGCGAAGUAUUCAUUAUCAGUUUUAUACGUGGUACUUUCAUAGCUUACCCUGGAUUCUGUAUAGCUUAGGUAUCCAUCUUAGACAAGGGUAAGUUGUCGUUGUUAGUUUAUUGGCAC